AUGAAGUUCUGCGAAGGCGAUCCAUUGUCAGCUGAUAAAUCAACAGUUGAAGUUAAAAAAAAGAGGACCUUCAGGAAGUUUACCUACAGAGGUGUGGACCUGGAUCAGUUGCUGGACAUGAACAAUGAACAGUUCAUGAAACUCGUCGGCGCUAGGGCAAGACGGCGAUUGUCCAGGGGACUGAAGCGUAAAUACAUCGCUUUUCUGAAACGUUUGAGGAAGGCGAAGAAGGAGGCACCGAUGCUUGAGAAGCCUGCCCUUAUUAAGACUCAUUUGAGGGACAUGCUGAUUAUUCCGGAGAUGGUCGGCAGCGUCGUUGGGAUUUACAACGGCAUCCAAUUCAAUCAGGUCGAAAUCAAGCCAGAAAUGAUUGGUCAUUACCUCGGCGAGUUUUCGAUUACGUACAAACCAGUAAAACAUGGGCGACCUGGUAUUGGAGCGACGCAUUCUUCUCGGUUUAUACCGCUGAAAUAA